AUGUCUCGAUAUGCCUACCGCUGGAAGGAUGCCGAUAAAGCGAUGAUCCGCAUAGAUUCGCCGUCCAUGCAACCAUCACAACAUGUGCACGCCUCGCCAAAUGCUGCUUUGGACUCACUAGCAACGCUUCCACUAGAGAUACUCCACGACAUUCUCUCCAUCCUCGACUUUCAAACAUUGACUACACUCCGCUCUCUCAGCAAUGCAAGCUGUAACAUCGUCGACUCUGUCCCAGCUUACCAAACACUCACGACAUACGCUCUGCCAACAUUGCAAUCGCUGGCUCGAACGCGUCUGCUCCCCUACUUCUCUGCCAAUCACCUUCACACUGCACUGCUCAACGAUCGAUGCACCAACUGCGGAGACUUUGGAUGCUUUCUCUUCUUGCCAACUUGUUCUCGAGCCUGCUACAUUUGCCUAGACCAUAGUGCUCGAUUCCGCGUCGUCGAAAAGGCUACCGCAGCUCGUCUUUUCAGCUUAUCGAAGGCCAACUUUAGCGCUUUACCAACCCUUCUCAGUCUCCCUGGAGCGUACGGCAUCUCGCCUGGAUACAGCCGAAAACAACGAAUCAAACUCGUGAGCGCCUUUCAAGCCUUUAAAGCCAGUGACAUAGCUCGCGCGAUCCUGGAGAACGACGGCGUCAAUCACCUCGAUACGGACCAGAUACUCCUCAGCGCCACGGCUCAAGCUCUACGGACCAACAAUCGCGAAGACACUGAAAAUGCAGCAUCCCACAAUCUUCACAUCAACAUCGAAAGCUUACUCUCUCGCAGUGACUGGUUUGGUUUCACGUCCACCACCUUUCCCACCCUCAACGUUACGACUUCACAAUGUCAAGAUGGUCUUUACUGCGUUGGAUGCCGCGCACAGCCGAAAGGCUUGAUCAAAAUCCGAGGAAAGAGAAAAGCGUCUCGCAAGCUUUCGAAACGGUGGACGCAGAGAGCGUACUCUGCCGAAGAAUUCAGCCAGCAUAUGCAAAAGUGUCGGUGGCUGCAGUGGAUCAUGGAGCAGGAUCGCAAAGGGGGAAGAGGGCAGAAAUGUGGUGGAAGGCUUAUCGUGGGUGCACCAAUGAUAGGUAGCUUAGAGCUAUCAGGUAAUACAGCGCUCGAUCACGUCGCCGAUGCUUACCUUCACACCAGCUCCACUGCCCCCCGUCACGUUACUCUCGCUCCCACCAAAGCAGUCCAAGAUGACCUCUCGCCUUGCAACCCACAUUGCACCACCUUCACGCUCUGCCACUCGUACAUUCCCCAGGUCCCCUUUAGCACCAUACUCUCCGAUAUACUAUGCUUUUCCUUCAACUUCUCCGUUACAAAUGCUACAUUCGCUCUGCCUUCCGCAUUACUCAUGAGUCCGGCUCUGCGCAGGAUGCAUGGCUUCCAUUCGCCAUGA